AAUUAAGUUGGUUAUUUCGUAUAUAGAUGACUAUAUGUUAAGGAAAUAUUGCAGUUUUUUCCAUCUGCUACAUAAUGCUUCAAAUUUAUUAACUAUUCGUUAGCAGAUUGAGUUAAAGCUUGCGUUUUUCAUCUGUGUAUUUUCGGGACUGAUUUCUUCUUGCUUGUUUUGGGUAUGUUAGGAAUUAAUCGACAAUUUUAGGAGAAAAAGAAAAAUAAGAGUACGUUUGAUUUCGAGGAAAAUGUUUUCCAUCGAAAAUAACUUACUUCACGAAAUCAUGUUUUGGAUUAUUUUCCUGUUUUUGUAGAGUAUAAAAGUAAGUGGCGAUAAAGUGAUCAUAUAAAGUAGAAGAUCGGAUAUGAGGAUAGUAUUUUGGUAAGUAUUGAUGGAAGCAAAGUGAUAUAAAGCAAGAGUUUGUAUAUUUGUGAGGUCUUAUGGAAAAUGACAUGUGCCAACAAGUAAAAGAGGUCCUUUCUAUUCCUAAUUCUCGGUAUGGUACGAAACCAGUAUUAGGCAGGGAGAUUUUUAGCGUUUUUCUUUCUAGUGGCUUUCAUCAUUGGUCUUAGGAUUUCUUACUGUUUCUAGUUCUAAUUAUGUGUAAAGGUGAAGUAUGUUUCUCCUAGAGUAGGAUCAAUGUAGCAUGGUCUAAUGCCCUGCUACACUUCUUUAUUCAUCUGUUUUUGGAAUAAAAAAUUAUAGCCCACCUAGAGCUGAGUUUAAUUGGGGUGAAGAAAAGAACAUUAAAAAUGAUUUGAGCAAGGACAAUAUUUCUAACGAAAAAAGAUUCCAGCAUAUCAAAAGUAAAAGGGAGAUGAUCUAAAUGCAGUAACGUGGUCAGGAGGAUUUAUAUAGCUCACCUCAGCUUGUUUUAGACUGAGGCGUAAUUGUUGUUGCUGACUUGCUGCAUAACAAAAGUAAAAAAGAGCAAUAUGGGGAGCAGCAUUGGAUGUGUUUGCAAUUUUAAGACCUUUUGAGUUUACAAUGGAAGGAGAAAAGGUUGCACUUCUCUUUGGAGCAUUUCUUUGCUUGAGUUAUGCUUAUGAGGUCUCAGUAUCCUGUAUGAUGGCUUAUGAUGAGGGUGGUGCUUCAGCAGUUUUUAGCUCACCUGAAUGUCCUCAGUGGGUAUUUUCUGCUGCUAUUCAAAAUGGAACUGAUAACUGCCUGGUAGCUACACAUCAGGGGCGUAGGAAAUACCAAGAAGACCGUGUUAUAUGUUAUCCUCGUGUUACUCUUCCUGUUUUAGGUGAAGAUGGUCCUAACGAAGCUAGCCUGGGUAUAGCGGCAGUUUUUGAUGGACAUGGAGGCAGGGAAGCUAGUGAGAUGGCUUCUCAAAAGUUUUUAGAUUACUUUUUAUUGCAUGUUGUUUUCAACACAUACAAGAAACUCUUCUCACACAGUAAGGAACAUGAAGAAGCAGUUGAUGAGGAAUCGGUACAUGGCAUCCUAGAGAAAGCCCUCUUGAGAACAAUCCAAGAUAUAGAUUCAGAAUUUUCACAGGAAGCUUUGAACAAUGACUACAUAUCUGGAUCAACUGCAACAGUUGUUCUUUGGAUGAAUGGGCAGAUAUUAGUUGGUAAUCUGGGGGACUCGAAAGCACUCUUAUGCUCGAGGAGAACUCAUUUUGAUCAGGACAGUGAAGGUUUAAAAUCUUCCAACUAUUGUUCGCUAAAACUCUCUGUUGGUGAUUUGGGGACUAAACUUCAAGCUGAGGAACUAACAAAGGAUCACCAUCCUGAUAGAGAUGAUGAAAAGGCUAGAAUUGAAGCAGCUGGCGGGGUUGUCCUUGUUAUUGGUGUGCCUCGUGUCAAUGGUAUAUUGGCUGUCUCACGGUCUAUUGGAGAUAUUGGCUUGAAAAGGUAUGGAGUUAUUGCUGAACUAGAGGUCACAGGUUGGAGACGUUUGACAACUGAAGACUGCUAUUUGGUGAUAGGAUCUGAUGGCAUAUUUGAGAGAAUGAGUCCCCAGGAUGUCUGUGAUAUUUUACAUGGCGGACAUGCUAAAGAGAACGAGACAUCCAUUGACACAUCUUUAUGUCCAUCAUCAUCCUCUUUAGCCGACUGCAUUGUCCAAAAUGCAUUUAGCAAAGGUAGUAGUGAUAACUUGUCGGUUAUUGUGAUUCCAAUGAGACAAGAUCCACCUUCACUGGAACACAAUGAACAGACAUGAACUCUGUUCUACAUUCAAGUAUUCCUUGCAAGUUGCAAAGAAGGUUGACCAAUGACUUAUUACUAACUUGAAAAUAGAAGAAGUGCUUUUCCCAAA